AUGGCUACGCAGUCACCAGCAGGAGGCGCUCCGUCUCAUGCGCAAUCGUCUUUACCGUCAUUACCAGCACAUUUGCAAUCAGACACCCAUCUAACAGCCCAUUUAGCUAGCCGUUUCCAUGUCGGAUUACCAACGGCCCGACUCUCAUCCCAGGCCCUGAUCAGUCUAAACACAUACACGACAUCAACUAAAGGUCCUGAUGGGGGCAAAGAGGGCAGUGCAAUGGGAGAGGCGGAGGACCUGGCCAAACGUGCCUUUACACGUCUCGGCGCCCGGGGAGAAAAUCAGGCCGUUGUUUUCCUUGGUGAGAGCGGAUCUGGAAAGACGACAAUCCGCUCCCACUUGUUGUCCGCAUUCCUUUCAUUCUCCCAGACCCCAUUGUCGUCAAAGCUAUCUUACGCGGCGUUUCUCUUCGACACCCUGACAACUACCAAAUCCUUGACGACACAGACAGCCUCAAAAGCUGGACUAUUCUUGGAGCUGCAAUAUGAUGGCUCGUCUUCUGUCAACCCAACUCUUAUUGGCGGAAAGAUCAUUGACCAUAGACUUGAACGGAGUCGGAUCACCUCUGUACCGACCGGAGAGCGAAGUUUCCACGUGCUGUACUAUCUUCUAGCUGGAACUAGUCCAGCUGAAAAGGCUCACUUAGGCUUCGACAAAACCGUCCAUGUAUCGACCUCUUCAGGCGCCGUUGGCCAUAAGAGGUGGAGGUACCUGGGCCACCCGACUCAACUGAAGGUGGGGGUCAAUGAUGUGGAGGGCUUUCAGCAUUUCAAGACAGCUUUGAGAAAAUUAGAAUUCCCACGCAGCGAGAUCGCCGAAAUUUGUCAGAUCCUUGCUACAAUUCUCCAUAUUGGACAGUUGGAGUUUGCCAGUGGGCAAGCCACAACCACUCAUGCGGAAGAAAGUGGUGGUUAUUCACAUGAGGGUGGCGAGACAGUCACUAUUGUGAAGAACAAAGAUGUGCUGUCUAUCAUCGCUGCAUUCCUGGGUCUGUCGGUUGAAGACCUCGAAAAUAGCUUCGGCUACCGAACUAAGACCAUCCACCGGGAACGAGUAACGGUCAUGCUGGAUCCCAAGGGGGCCCGACAAAAUGCCGAUGAGCUUGCACGAACCAUAUAUUCCCUUCUAGUCGCCUACGUAAUUGAAGCCGCCAACCAGCGGAUCUGCGCAGCGGAGGAUAGCGUUGCGAACACUAUCUCUAUUGUCGACUUCCCUGGUUUUGCCCAGGCCUGCGCCACCGGUUCUACUCUGGAUCAACUUCUCAACAAUGCAGCUACUGAAUUGUUGUACAACUUCUGUCUGCAGUCAUUCUUCGAUCGAAAGGCAGACGAGUUGGAGCGGGAAGAGGUUUCGGUGCCCGCAACAAGCUACUUUGAUAAUACUGAUGCUGUCCGCGGCUUGUUGAAGCAUGGCAAUGGACUACUCAGUAUCCUUGACGAUCAAACGAGGCGCGGGCGGACCGACAAUCAAUUGCUAGAAUCUCUGAGAAGACGUUUUGAGAACAAAAACCCUACUAUCAUUGUGGAGGGCUCAAAGAGGACCAGCUUGAUCUCACAAAAUGCUCGGUCCGCUUUCACCGUAAAGCACUUUGCCGGUGAAGUGGAUUAUUCUGUCAACGGCCUAAUUGAGGAGAAUGGAGAGUUUAUCUCCGGCGACCUUAUGAGGCUUAUGAAAUCCACCAAAAGCGACUUCGUCAGGGAGCUCUUCGGACAGGAGGCCUUGCAAACAGUCACCCAUCCUAAGGAGAAGACGGCCAUCAUGCAAGCGCAAGUCAGCUCAAAGCCCUUGCGUAUGCCUAGUAUGGCUCGACGCAAGACAAGCCCAUCUUCACGACUGGCUUUCGAUGCGCCAGCCGCGGGAGAUGCAGAUGAGGUUGAGAGUCAAGCAGAGAGCACCGCAAAGGAUUCAUCUUCCGGCAGACGGAAAAGCGCUAUGCUCACUAGUGGCAUACAAGGUGCCGCUGGUCAAUUUCUUUCCUCGCUGGACAUUGUUAAUAAAUGCCUGAGCUCGACGAACCUGAACCCCUACUUCAUUUUCUGUCUGAAGCCGAACGACCGGCGCAUUGCAAAUCAGUUUGACAGCAAAUGCGUGCGAGCACAAGUACAGAUGUUCGGUAUUGCUGAAAUAAGUCAACGGCUACGCAACGCGGACUUCAGCGUUUUUCUUCCAUUCGCUGAGUUUCUUGGUCUGGCGGAGAUUGGCAACAUCGUGGUUGGCAGUGAUAAAGAGAAAGCCGAAGUCGUCCUCGAUGAGAAGCGUUGGCCGGGCAAUGAGGCUAGAGUUGGCAGCACUGGUGUAUUCCUGAGCGAGCGAUGCUGGGCCGAUCUGGCAAAAGUCGGAGAGCGUGUUGUUCCUGUGUAUGCUGCUGAUAUGUCGGAUGAAGGAGGUGAUGGUUUGCUCCACCCUCGUAGCACUGGCUACGGGGAUUCCAAAGUCCGACUUCUCAACCCAGCCGAUCAGUCCCCUGGAGCGUUCAUCUAUGGUGACGAGGCGAAACAGGGUUACUUCGGAAGCCGUGAUCUCGAUGGACGCUCUGAUGCCGGUAAUUCUGCCUUCAACUCUGGGGAUAUGUUUCGAAACCAUGAAACGCGGGAGCAGAUGCUCGAGAAGGGAAAUGAGAAGAAAAUGGAAGAAGUCGAUGAGGUGCCCGUCUCCGGUAGUCGCAAGCGUUGGGUAGCGCUCGUUUACCUGCUCACAUUCUACAUCCCGGACUUCUUGAUCAAACUCUUUGGCCGGAUGAAGCGCAAAGACGUGCGAAUGGCCUGGCGUGAAAAGUUCGCCAUCAAUCUGAUCAUUUGGUUCAGCUGUGGGGUCGCCAUCUUCUUUAUUGUCGCAUUUCCUGGGCUGGUUUGUCCCACGCAACACGUUUACUCUGCAGCGGAAUUGUCUUCGCACAAUGGCAAGGACGGACAUAAUUCAUUCAUUGCUAUUCGCGGUGCCGUUUUCGACUUGGACAAAUUCAUGCCAAGCCACUAUCCAAAUAUCGUGCCCGAAUCGGCUUUGAAAAAGUACGCGGGUGUCGAUGCUACUGGUCUCUUUCCGGUGCAAGUGUCUGCACUCUGUCAGGGCAAGUCGGGAAGCGUUGAUCCCACGGUUCUAUUAGACUACAGACCGACCAAUAUCUCGGGAUCAGCAACUACGAUCAGCGGCACAGAUACCAACUCUGUAUACCAUGACUUCCGGCACUUCACCAACGACUCCCGGCCUGACUGGUUCUAUGAACAAAUGGUGACGCUCAAAGCAAAUUACCUCAAAGGUUAUGUUGGGUAUACGCCAAAGUAUUUGAAUACCCUCGGUAAAAAGUCACAGUCUAUUGGCAGCAUCAAUGGCAAGGUUUAUGAUUUGACCAGCUACAUCGCUGGUGGUCGGCUGACGAAAGCACCUCCCGGCGAGUCGGUUCCUGCGGAUGUUGACACGGAUUUCAUGGACAGCAAUGUUGUGUCGCUCUUCCAAUCGCUUCCUGGCCAAGAUUUGUCAAAACACUGGGAGAAUUUGAAGAUCGACUCGGCGCUGCGUCAUCGGAUGCAACUUUGCUUGGACAACCUCUUCUUCGUCGGCGAAGUGGACACGCGUAACUCAGCUCAGUGCGAGUUUGCUCGGUACUUCAUCCUCGCGAUAUCAGUUCUCAUUUGCUCGAUCAUCGUCUUCAAGUUCCUUGCUGCGCUACAAUUCGGUAGGAAGAACGUGCCCGAGAAUCUGGAUAAGUUCAUCAUCUGUCAAGUCCCUGCCUACACAGAAGACGAGGAAUCUCUUCGCCGUGCCAUUGAUUCUAUGGCACGCAUGCGGUACGACGACAAGCGCAAGCUUCUUGUUGUUAUCUGUGACGGUAUGAUUAUUGGUCAGGGGAACGAUCGUCCCACGCCCAGGAUUGUCCUCGACAUCUUAGGGGUCCCAGAGUCAGUGGACCCUGAACCCCUCAGCUUCGAGAGUUUGGGAGAAGGUCAGAAACAGCACAACAUGGGCAAAGUCUACUCGGGUCUGUACGAAGUCCAGGGUCACAUUGUCCCUUUCCUUGUGAUUGUCAAGGUCGGAAAGCCUUCGGAGGUCUCGCGCCCCGGUAAUCGAGGCAAACGUGACUCCCAGAUGGUCCUGAUGAGAUUCCUGAACCGUGUCCACUACAACCAUCCGAUGAGCCCUAUGGAACUGGAGAUGCACCACCAGAUCCGUAACGUCAUUGGUGUAAACCCCACGUUCUACGAGUUUAUCCUCCAAGUUGAUGCCGAUACAGUCGUCGCUCCUGAUUCAGCAACACGGAUGGUGGCUACUUUCUUGUCUGAUACUCGCCUUAUUGGUGUCUGUGGUGAAACUGCCUUGAGCAAUGCUAAAACUUCUGCGGUGACUAUGAUUCAGGUUUAUGAGUACUACAUCUCUCACAACCUCACGAAAGCUUUCGAGAGUCUUUUCGGUUCAGUCACGUGUUUGCCUGGAUGCUUCACGAUGUAUCGGAUCCGCUCUGCAGAAACCGCCAAGCCAUUGUUCGUCAGUAGAGAGGUCGUCGAAGCUUACGCUGAGAUUCGUGUUGAUACACUCCACAUGAAGAAUCUGCUUCAUCUGGGUGAGGAUCGGUACCUGACCACGCUUCUCCUCAAGCACCACUCCAAGUACAAGACCAAAUUCAUCUCGAGCGCCAAGGCCUGGACCAUUGCUCCUGAAAGUUGGACAGUCUUCCUUUCACAACGUCGUCGGUGGAUCAAUUCCACUGUCCAUAAUCUUAUUGAGCUGAUUCCAAUGCAACAGCUCUGUGGAUUCUGUUGCUUCAGUAUGAGAUUCGUCGUGUUUGUUGAUUUGCUCAGUACUGUGAUUCAACCUGUCACUCUUGCCUACAUCAUCUACCUCAUCUACUGGCUUGUCAACGACACAUCCUCGAUCCCCUACACUUCAUUAAUUCUACUUGCCGCCAUAUAUGGCUUACAGGCUCUUGUCUUCAUUGUUCGUCGGAAGUGGGAGAUGGUUGGAUGGAUGAUCGUGUACAUCCUUGCGCUACCUGUUUUCUCCCUCGCCUUGCCACUUUACUCUUUCUGGCACAUGGACGACUUUAGCUGGGGUAACACACGUAUCAUAACGGGAGAGAAAGGUCGCAAGGUCGUUAUCUCUGAUGAAGGAAAGUUCGAUCCCGCCUCGAUCCCGAAGAAGAAAUGGGAAGAGUAUCAGACAGAGUUGUGGGAGGCUCAGACUUCACGAGAUGAUCGUUCUGAAGUUUCUGGUUUCUCUUACGGCACCAAGUCCUACCAUCCCGCUCAAUCUGAGUAUGGGUUCCCGGGCUCGCGGCCCAUGUCACAGCUGGACCUACCUCGCUUCGGAUCCCGGAUGUCUUUGGCGCCAUCAGAGAUGAUGAGCCGACACAUGGACAUGGAAAUGGAGAAUCUGUCCCACUUGCCAAGUGACGAUGCCAUUCUCGCUGAGAUCCGCGAAAUUUUGCGGACAGCCGAUCUGAUGUCCGUGACAAAGAAGAGCAUCAAAUUGGAACUGGAGAGGCGCUUCGGUGUAAAUCUGGAUCUCAAGCGUCCUUAUAUCAACUCAGCCACCGAGGCAAUUCUUGCUGGUGCUCUAUGA